AGUGCCCACAAGGGACGGGGCUGCCUGGCCGAGAAAGGACUGCUCAGCACGUGAGCGAUAGGAGCCCGGAGACAGAACUACACGUACACAGACCCUCCUUAAGGAAGGCGGUGAGGUGCUUUUUUUACCAAUGAAACGCAACCAAAUGCUGUAUGCCACUCUGCCCCAAUCCAGCGGCGCCCCGCCCAGGCAGUCGUCCCAGCCCAACUGAGCCCGGAACUCCUCUUCCCUCACGGCCACGGACGGCGUGUCUUCCGGCGGGGCGGGACGGGACGGGACGGGACUCAGCCUUCGCUUGGCUCCGCUGCUCUGUGUCCCCCACGCCUCGCUCUGCCCUGCCCUGCCCUCCCCUCUCCUGCUCUCCUCUUCUCCCCUCCCCUCCCCUCUCCUGGAGGUCUCUCCGAACGGCACCGUUGCCGCUGUGUCGCCUCCCGGGCUGCUGCUCCCGGCUCAUCCCGGGACGGCGCUCAGCCCUGUGGGCAGAGACGGAGCCGUCGGUGCCGCUUCCAGGAGAACGGCCGCCUCUUCCCAGCAGAGCAGGCUCCAGUUCAACUUGGUCCUUCCAGCCGUGAUUAUCCCAGGCUGCAGGAGAGCAGCAAAUGGCCACAGCACAUCGGUGUCAGGAGCCCGUGAGCUUUGCGGAGGUGGCCGUGUAUUUCAGCAGGGAGGAGUGGGCGCUGCUGGACCCUGCGCAGCGAGCGCUCUACCGGGACGUGAUGCUGGAGACGUACCAGUGCGUGGCCUGGCUGGCGCCACUUCCAGGCCCCAAACCCGGGCUGAUCUCCCUGCUUGAAGGAGGGGAAGACCCCUGGAUCCCAGGUGUGCGUAGCCCAGAGGCCGUGCCAGGAGACCUGGGCCCAGCAGGAAUUGCGAUUACGGAUAUACUGGAGGAUAUGCAGGAAAGUGGUGUGGCCGAAAGGCGGUGGGGUAGUGCCUGUGUGGGGGAAAUCAGAAGGGAUGUUGCAGGAGGCCUGGAGCAAGGUCAGGGUGAGCACAUCAAGAAGGCACUGGGAGAGCAUCUGGAAGAGAAAGGAAGGAGCCCGCUGGGCUUCAACAUAGGUGAAAAGCAGGCUGAAGGACCCAGGAGCAAGGAUGUGUGUCAGAUGAAAAAGCAGAAUCCAUGCACUGAGUGUGGGAAAAGCUUGGAAAUAAAUUCCAGUGUCAUUAACCACCAGUACAUGCACACAACGAAGAGCCUGUACAAGUGCUCCGAGUGUGGGAAUAGCUUCGAACGGAGAGCCAAACUAACACGCCUCCAACGCAUUAACGCAGGAUGGAGAGCCUACAAGUGCUGUGAGUGUGGGAAGAGCUUCAGCAGAAGUUCCCACCUCACCUGCCACCAACGCAUCCACACAGGAGAGAGACCCUUUCAGUGCUCUGAGUGUGGGAAGGGCUUCAACAGCAGUUACAACCUUACCUGCCACCAACGCAUCCACACAGGAGAGAGACCCUUUAAGUGCUCUGAGUGUGGGAAGUGCUUCAAACGCAGUUAUGAAUUGAAGUUGCACCUGCGCAUCCACACAGGGGAGAGACCCUACAAGUGCUCUGCUUGUGAGAAGAGCUUCAAAAGCAAUUCUGAAUUGAAGCAGCACCAGAGUACCCACACAGAGGAGAGACCCUACAAGUGCUCUGAGUGUGGGAAGUGCUUCAAAAGCUGUGCUGACUUGAAGCAGCACCAGCGCACCCACAGAGGAGAGAGACCCUUUCAGUGUCCUGUGUGUGGGAAGCACUUCGAAAGCAGUUCUGCCCUGAAGCGCCACCAGCGCAUCCACACAGGAGAGAGACCCUUUCAGUGUCCGGAGUGUGCAAAGAGCUUUAAACGCAGAUCUCAUCUCAACACUCACAAGUGCACCCACAGAGCACAACGGCUGUAGAAGCUCCCCAAGACUAUGGGAACCUUCCAAAGCAGUUCCAGCCUCGUUACCUUCCGGCACUGCCACAGAAGGUACAGAUCCUGCAGAGCCUCAAACUUGUGAGGAGCUUCAGCCAAAACCCCAGCCUGGUUACGACCUGUGGCUUUGUGUUUUGAACCUUACAAAUCCCUUGAGUAGAGGAAGAGCUCGGCAGCCAAAAUCCUUCUUCUCUGCUGCUCUUCUUUCUCCUCUUUGGAUGCGAAUUCUGCAUGUUGCUCUCUGUCAGCUGCAGUCAAGGUGUUGAGCGGACACUCAAAGGAGAGUCCAGAGUGGGAUGUGUCACAGCCACUGGAAACCCUCUGCCAGGUGGCACGUUUCUGCCAGGGCAGUGUGCAAGGACAGUCACCUCUUAUCUCCCCUGUAGACACUCACCUGCUGUGGGGCAACAGGUGAGGACCCAAAGGAAACCUCAGCUGGGCCGAUACGUUGCCAGGAAGGAAGAAAUUCUGUUGGCUGGGAGUGUGGGAAGAGCUUCAUCUGGAACUCAACCCUCAGGAGACCCCAGAGAACCAACGCCGGGGAGAGUCCCUGUGAGUGCCUUGACUGCAGGAAGAGAUCCGUCCAGAGCUGGGAGCUCAUCACACACCAGUGGAUCCACGUGAGGAACCCUACAGACGUGCAGCCUGCAAGAAGAGCUUUGGCCACAGCUCAAACCUGCUGAGGUAGCAGAGUGUCUGCAGUUGGGUGAAGUCCAGGACAUGCCUGCACCAGUGAGUUCACGUGGCAGGAAGCCUUAGCAAUGCCUCGAGUGUGAGAAGGGCUUUGUGCAGAGCACGAAGCUCCUCCCUUGCAGGAGAUGGCAGUCGUGGCAGAAGUCUACAAACAUCCCAUGUGUGGGAAGAGCUUCAACCACAGCUCCCAGCUGAGCAAGCACCAGGGGAUCCACUCACGGCAGAGACCAUAGAUGUGCCUGCACUGCAGGAAGAGCUUCAUCCAGAGCUCAGUCCUCGUUAAGCAUUGCCCAGUCCACGUGAGACGGUGGCCCUGCAAGUGUCUCUCCUACAGGAAGAGUUUCUCUCAGGGCUGGAACCUCAUUUCUCCCCACACAGGAAGAGCUGGCAAAGGAGAUGGCAUCGCUGGCACCCUCUGCAGAAGGGACUUAACCCAGGAGCUUCAGAUGGCCUUUCCUUGCUUCCCAAAGCAGUUCUCUCAGCAUGCCCACGUUCCUCUUCUGCUCUUCCUGCCUGCAGCUUUUUGAUGCCAUUUCCUUAGGAGAAGCGGCUGUGUGGGGAUGUUCUGUGUGUCUGUGUGCGUGUGUUGCUCUCAGUAAUUUCUGAGUGCGCAGACGAAUGUGAGAGAAUGGUUAGGAGAGCAGUAAUGUGGCUCUUGGAGGUUUUCUGAGAAUCAUCUGUAGUGGAAAGGGAAGGGGGUGAAUAAAGUAGCUGAGUUGUUCUGGA